CCUCCGUCCUUUAACACCCGCGGGAGCCGCCCGCAGCCCCCGGGAUUGCGCGGCCCGGAGACGUGAAGGAUGGCGCUCCGUUGGGGCAUUGUGUCCGCCGGCCUUAUUUCCAACGACUUCACGACCACGCUGUGCGCGCUGCCUCGCUCCGAGCACCAGGUGGUGGCGGUGGCUGCCCGCGACCUGAGCCGGGCGAAGGAGUUUGCACGGAAACAUGACAUCCCCAAGGCCUAUGGCUCUUAUGAAGAAUUGGCGAAGGACCCGAAUGUGGAAGUGGCCUAUAUUGGCACCCAGCAUCCCCAGCACAAGGCCGCGGUGUUGCUGUGCCUGAGAGCCGGCAAAGCGGUCCUGUGCGAGAAGCCCAUGGGUGUGAACGCCGCGGAAGUUCGGGAGAUGGUGGCGGAGGCCCGCUCACGGGGCCUGUUCCUGAUGGAGGCCAUCUGGACCCGUUUUUUUCCUGCCAUAGAAGAUCUGAGGUCUGUUUUGGCUCAGGGAACUAUAGGGGACCUUCGAGUGGUUCGGAUAGAAUUCGGGAAAAACCUCGUCCAUGUACCCAGGUCCACAGACUGGGCCCAGGCAGGUGGCAGUUUGCUGGACCUCGGAAUCUACUGCUCCCAGUUCAUUUCCAUGGUCUUYGGAGGGCAGAAGCCAGAGAAGAUUUCAGCAGUUGGAAAGCUCCAUGAAACAGGUGUGGACGACACUGUCUCAGUGCUACUUCAGUACCCAGGAGGGGUCCAUGGCAGCUUCACCUGUAGCAUCAGCACAGAUCUCUCCAACAUGGCCUCCGUGAACGGUACCAAGGGCAUGGCCCAGGUGAGGUCCAACAGGCCUGAGCACUGGCAAUUGGGCCCUCAGGACGAGAAGGGCAACUGGGGAACUGGAGUUGAACCAGCCGUUUUUCACCGCAUUUCUAAGGAACCCAUCCUCCUUGACAUCCAAGCCAAAGGAUGGGGUUUGAGCCAAUCAGGUCUUUCCAGAGGGUGA